CUGUUCAACCUGUCCUCAAUUUCGCAACACCACAUGUGGCCUCGGUCCAAGUGUCCCAGAAUUCAACAACGCCUUCUUUUGCAGUGUCAAACGAUCUCUGGUCUGUGAAAUAUACUCCUGAUUUACAGAAAGAGGGAUUUACAAUCCAGACUGCGAGACUCGAACCGAACAGCCAUGGCAGAGCUAACUCAUAUAAUAGACAGCGAGGUGGUCCUGGCCUUCUCUACCUACGCCACUAUCGUCGUCCUCAAGAUGAUGCUGAUGUCUCCUAUGACUGCAUACUUCCGCUUUACGAGAAAGUGUUUUGCCAACAUGGAAGACACAGGGAUGGCUAAGACUCCAGAGGACAAGAAGAGGAUGCUGAGAGUUGACCCGGAUGUGGAACGUGUGAGAAGAUGCCACCAGAACGACCUGGAGAACAUCAUCCCGUUCAUAGUGAUUGGUCUGCUGUAUACCCUGACGGGGCCCGACCUCUCCACUGCUCUGCUCCACUUCCGGGUGUUUGUUGGUUCCAGGCUCUUCCACACGGUGGCCUACAUCCUCCCCCUGCCCCAGCCCAGCAGAGGUCUAGCUUGGAUGGUUGGCAUGGGAGCUACCUUCUCCAUGGCAUACAGAGUGCUAAGCACAACGCAUCUCUGAAGAGGCGAUCAAUCAAUUAAUAAUUAAUCAGAUUGAUUGAUUCAAAGUUUUCAGAUGGCCUAAAAUAGUCCUCGGGACACUCUACCUCUGAGGAGACACCCACACAUUUAUUAGACCUGGGUCAAAUAGGCUACAUAAUGUUAAAUACAUUUGACAGUGCUUGAUUGUACUUGGAGUUUGCACUUCUGGGACUAUUCUAUUGGUUCUGUUGUAUCAGGCAGACUAACUAUACAUUCUCUGCACGUUUUGUUUUUAACUCAGCACUGAAUUUGAUCUGUGCAAAAAAAAAAAGUAUUAAUAUCAGCAAAAAAAUAAUUUAACUAAACGUAGGGCUCUGAUUCAAUCUAUUUCACGGAAGGUCAGUGCUAGAGCGCAGUAGACAUUAAACGGCAACGUUCCCUCGGAAACUCCAUUCAAGAUAAACGCUGCAUACAUUCGGAAACUCCAUUCAAGAUAAACGCUGCAUACAUUCGGAAACUCCAUUCAAGAUAAACGCUGCAUACAUUCGGAAACUCCAUUCAAGAUAAACGCUGCAUACAUUCGGAAACUCCAAUUAACAUUUCAAGUGCGCUAGAGCGCUGACCUUAGGCGAUACGGAUUGAAUGGAGCCCUAAACUAAAAUCAAGUGUAGUUCAGUAUCCGAUACCGCGUGUAUCUGGCUAUUUUUACCCACAUCAAAUCACCAGUUUAUUGGUCUCGUACACAGAUUUGCAGAUGUUAUCGCAUGUGCUGUAAAAUGAUAGUGUUUCUAGGUCCAAUAGUGCAGUCAUACCGAGCAAUGCAUUAAAAUAAAUAAAACAUACACACAUGACCCGGUCUGUCUGGUUGUCUGACUGACUGCAAACACCUAUUUUAUAUCUUAGACAUUUUUUGCAUCUGAUGUGAUAAUCUAAUGUUUAUAAAUUAUUAAAUUCGGGUUUUGGGAAUUAAAGUUGAAUUAAAAAUGUGGGGGGGAUUAUUGUUUGAUUUUAAUUGAAAUAGGGCCUAUGAAGUAGGCUACAAGUACCAGAGAUAUUUUGCUAAUUGGCUAAUGAAUAUGACCUUAUACUUGAUCUAAUUCUGUAUCUUUUUAAAUUCUGUAUAUGUUUUUAGAUCUACAUAUCAUCUGAUAUGUUUACUAGGCCACAUAUCUGUAAUGCUACUGAUUGGUUUGCUUUGUUCGUUCCAUUUUCUAAGCCAAUCAGGGAUUGGCCCUUUUUUUUAAUGCUUUCCACCUGUGAAUAAACGAACGAUCUCUAGAA